AUGCCGUCGCCUGAGAAGAGGUCGUCUUCGGCGCCGCCCGACAACCGGCAAAACCCACGGUUGGAGGACAGGGGUAUAGCCUACCGGAGCUCAUCCGUCGACCGCAAGUCCUCUAAAUACAUGACAAUUGAAAUAAUCUUUUUGGACGAAUCGACAAAUGUCUACAAAAUUACGCACAAAUCUUUGGCCAAAUCACUGUUCAAUCAGGUCUGCGAGACACUGAAUCUCAUAGAAAUGGAUUAUUUCGGUAUUGAAUACGCGGACUCCAGUGGCACCAGGUAUUGGUUGGAUUUGGAGAAACCCAUUUGUCGUCAGUUGUCUCUGUCGACCAACAAUCCCGUCAUGUAUUUUGCGGUCAAAUUCUAUGCCCCCGACCCCUCCCGACUGGAGGACGAGCUGACGCGAUAUCUUUUCAGUUUACAAAUCAAAAAAGACUUAUCGGAGGGACUCCUCGUUUGUAAUGAGAAUACGGCGGCUCUCAUGGCUUCAUAUAUUAUACAAGCUGAAAUCGGAGACUUUAAUUCUGAUGAAUAUAUGGAUCACUUGUAUGUCUCGCGUUUUAAACUGAUUCCACUUCAAGAUGAAGAAUUUGAGUGGAGAGUUAUGGAAAACCAUAAAAAGCACUGUGGCCAAUCACCAGCAGAGGCUGACUAUAAUUUACUGGAAACGGGUCGACGCUGUGAAAUGUAUGGCAUUAAGUUAACUCCAGUGAAAGAUCAUGAAGGCGUUCCCCUGAACCUAUCGGUCGCUCAUUUGGGAGUAAUUGUGUUUCAAAAUCAGACAAAAGUGAACACAUUUUCUUGGGCUAAGAUUAGGAAACUAAGCUUUAAAAGGAAACGAUUUCUCAUUAAACUCCAUCAGGAGGAGUACUUUGGAGAUGUGGUUGAGUUUAUGUUUGAGGGCCGCAACGAAUGCAAGAACUUCUGGAAGAAGUGUAUCGAACAGCACUCCUUCUUCAGGUGUAUUGAAGUCAAGAGAACUCCCAAACAAAAGCCUAAAAUCUUUAGCCGCGGCUCGUCUUUCAGGUACAGUGGAAGAACCCAACAGCAGAUCAUGGAAUACGUGCGACAAAGUUGUGUUAAAAGACAGCCCUUCCAGAGGUCCAACAGUUUGAGGACUUCUAACACGAAUAACCAGAGAACUGAAGGAAUUGGCGGCUCAUCCAUAUCAGUGACACCUAUUCUGCCCAUCAGUUCGCCUCAAUUCUCGUCUUCCAAUGCCAUCAGUGAUGACGAGAGACCAAAGUCUGCUCAAGAGAAUAGCUCUCAAAAGUCGAAUUUGUUUCCGGAAACGCCUCCGAGUCCUUCAAUUGAGGAGCGAUCCCAUGACAGGGCGCCUACAGAUCUCAAUAAUAUGAAUCUCAAACAUAAUAAUCUAAACGAUUUGUCUGCCAAUAAUAUUUGCCAUGUGGUUCAAUCGAGCACCAGUUCCCCAUAUUCUCAUACCUCUCAAUCAUUUCCAUCAAAUGCUAAUCAAAUAAGAAUCGAAUCGACUCUCGAUAGAGACCACAGAAGAGCUAAACUUCGUUUGGAUAAAGAAUACUAUGUUUUCCGAGAGUUAGUUAUGUCGGAGAGAACCUAUAAAAAGGAUAUCGAACUCAUAAAUACAUGGUUUAAAGAGGAUGUGAGUAAAGAGACGACACGACCCGCAGAAAUGCUUUCUCUGCUAUUCUCUGCAACGGAACCACUGUUUGAAAUUCAUCACAAUUUUUUGCAACAAAUUGAACACAUUUUAGUCAUUUGGGAAGGGAAGUCUGCUCUUCAUUCUAACCGAACAAUUGGCGAUAUUUUAAAAGAUAUCAUUCAAUGGUUACCGUUAUACGAGAGACUCAUUGAAAGAUUGCCAUUCAUUCUCGAGAGAAUUAACGCCAGUUUCAGACACAACAAAGAUUUUGAACGCGUUUGUCGGGACUUUGAGGCUCGAAAAGGCUGUUAUUUGCCGUACACUUCAUUUAUUUUGAAGCCUGCCUUUCAUAUAACACAUUACUUGCAAAUAAUAGAAAAAUUGUCCAAAUUUCAUGUCAAUAAUAGUUCGGAAUUUGCCAAAUAUUUAUUUAUCAUCGAACAGUUGAAGCAAUUUAAUGCAGAAUAUUCUGUAACAUUGAAUUCUCUGAUAAAUUUAGUAAUUCUUAUAGAAUUACAAAGAGAUAUAACAGGAAUGGAUAAUAUAGUGCAAUCGGGUCGGAGGUUUGUUAGGGAGGGAUGUCUUCUGAAGCUCUCGAAGAAGGGUUACCAACAAAGGCUCUUCUUUCUGUUUUCCGAUAUAUUGAUAUACGCGAGUCGGUCGGCAUCAGUGCAGUUCCAGUUCAAAGUUCACGGACACCUCUCUCUGCAGCACAUUAUGGUUGAGCCCACAGAACCUAAAUUAGGGGUCAAUUAUUGUUUCACAAUAUAUGCCGGUGAACGGGCUCUUAUGGUUGCCGCCAACUCUGAAGAGGAACGCCGUAUUUGGUUAACAGAUUUGUCCGAAACAGCCAUUAAUUUGUCUCAUAUUAAUGGCAAUAAUGAAACGCUUCCAUUCAUACCAACCAUUAUCUCUUCGAACGAACUCUUGGAUAAAAUUGAUAACGCGUUGAGUCAGAAAUGGAUCCAAAAAUCUGAAAAUGUCACUCAAAUCGAAAACAUCGAUAAACUUCACUACAGAUCCAAUACAAUGGCUCACGUGUGUUGGCACAGGAAUUGCAGUAUAAGUGCCGCCGAUUAUGAACACGCGCUCACUAGCUGUUUGAGUGGAUAUCUACUCAGAAAAUUCAAGAACAGUAGCGGUUGGCAGAAGUUGUGGGUUGUGUUCACUCACUUUUGCCUAUUUUUCUACAAGUCUUGUCAGGACGACUUUCCUUUGGCUAGUCUUCCGGUCAUUGGAUACACAGCGAGUAUCCCAUCAGAAGCCGAUAAUAUGAAUAAGAGUUAUGUAUUUAAAUUGCAAUUCAAAACUCAUGUCUACUUCUUUCGCACGGAAAGUGAAUACACUUUCAGGCAAUGGAUUGAAGUGAUCAGGAACUCGACCAUCAAUUCAGACACAUCUCAACACUCGACGCAAUAAAUAUAUGCAAUACUGUACUCUAUUUAAUAAUGCAAAUCAUUUUACACUAUUUGCAAUACUCCACCCAUUUGUGCCCUUAUUUCUAUUCAUUCACACAUUCGUUAACUUAAUUAUACAUUAAUUUUCAAAUUUAUUAACGGUAUAACAAAUACCAAUUGAAUUCUUUUAUGCAUUAAUACUUGGAAUUUAGAAAUAAAUGGGAUUUUUCUACUUUAAAAUACUCUCAAAGUAAUUAUACAGAGUAUAAACGAGAGC